CAUGCUUUGCUCGUUCUUGUCACAGAUGGGUGAUAAUUCUGUUGUUUUCCAAAUACUGGAGAAAGCAAUCCUUGGUUUGAUAUUGUUGCAACAACCUCUUGAAAUUGCGUGUGCAAUGUUGAGAGUGCUCAUUAUCCUGGACUCUAAACCCACUCGACUUUCCGAAAAAAGUAUAAUUGCUCUAAGCAAUUUCCUUCCAGGAUAUCUUAUGGAUGUUGUGCUUUGUAUUCCAGUAGAUGAUGUUCAAACGUGGCAAUAUUACCUUCUACCAUGCUUUUUCAUGUUUGAUAGGAGUUACAAACUUCUGAAGCUUGUUUUGGAUGUGAUUGGUUCAUUUUUAACUGACAACAAUUUCUCACUUCCAUCUGAUGCUUCUACAAGAUAUGCAGCUGACAGUCUCAGUCGAAUAAAUGCAACUAUUUCUUUGCUUCUAUUAAUGUACGAGGACAUUAAAGUACACAAAAUUGUUUCUUUAUUCAAAGAAGAGAUCAGCUCAAUUUUGCAAAGCCUAGCUUCUCUACAGAUUUGGUUCCUACUUGAUUCGGAAGUCAAGAUGACCAUCGAAGAAAGGCACAGAUUUCAAUGUUCAUUUGAACAAUUAAAGGCGGUUACUAGUACAUCACCAGCUGGCUGUAUCCAAUGA